GAGACCAUUCAUGAGUAGCUUCAAAAAACCACCAUCGACGAGUUUUGAAGAUCCAACUCCAGUAGCAAACUCUGAUUCGCAGAAUCAUUCAGCAAACCCUUCCAAUCAGGGAUCAUCAUUUGCUUCAAUUGGUAAUCUUCAAUCAAUGAACUCGAUUGAAGAUUCAUUGCCUGGAUUUUUCAAUCAGCAUCAUUCAGAAAAUCACUCCAAUCGGGGAUCAUCAUCUGCUUCAAUUGGUGAUCUUCAAUCACUGAACUCGAUUGAUAAUUCAUUGCCCGAAAGUUUCGAUCAGGUGGAAGGUGACCAAGAAUGUUCAGUAGAAAUUGACAAGAAACAUUUGAAAUGGAAUAAUCAAAUGGAUGUUGUUCUUAUUGACUCACUCUUGGACCAAAUGCUCAAAGGGCAAAAAAUUGGUGGUAGUUUUACAUCAUCUGCUUAUAGAGCUGCAAGCAAUGCGGUGAGUACCAAGUUUAGUGUACAUUGUGAUUCCAGUCAUGUAAGGAAUCGGUUGAAGACUUUAAAAAGGAAUCUUGCAAUGGCUAAAGAUAUGUUAACAACUGAUAGUGGAUUUGGAUAUAAUCAUUCAACACAACUGAUUGAAGCUACAACAGGUGUAUGGGCAGCUUACCUCAAGGCAAAGCCUAAAGCUUCUCAGUUUCAACAUGCUCCAAUUCAAAACUUUCAAAAGUUAUAUGACCAAACUGUUGAAGUAUCUUGUUCCUCUAACUCAAAGAAGAGAGAGAAUAAAUUAGGUGACACUCUGAGUAAGGAAAUAAGGUCAAUUAAGGAAGGUCUAGAUGCAGUUGCAGCAGCGCUUGAUCGUGGUAACCUUCAGAACUACACAAAUGGACAAUUAUUUGAGGAGAUUGAGAAGGUUAGUGGCAUGAGUGGUGCUUCUCGAAUGAAGGUGUAUCAAGUUCUUGCUAAAGAAGUGAGUGAUGCUUGA